CAUCCUUUAAGGAACCCUGGAAUUUAGCGAGAAUACCUUUUUUCAUAAUCACACGCCUCCCGUCCCUUGUUUUUCUGCCUCGCGAGACAGUAUGUCCUGAAUACUCCCUGUAGCCUAGGCCACUGUGAAUGAAAACGGAGUGUGUUCUCUUUCCCGCGGAACUCCUGAGGACAAAACUCAAAUUACUUGAAUGCCUGAAUCGGACUACGUUUCCCGUGAGCACGCGCAGCCCACGCUCCUCUCGCCCAUAUACAGCGUUUGAUCUCAGUGGCCGGUGGCCGGAAAGGGACAAUGGUUUCCAUGUCAGCGGAUAAACGCGCUCGCCUUAGCUCCCGGACCAGAGGGAGGAUGCAGCAGAGAGUGCGUGCUGAAAAGCAAGGAAGCAACUAAAGGAGUCGGUGACCGAAAGAGCAAGAGCCAUGCCACGCCGGGGCCUAGUGGCCGGGCCAGACUUUGAGUAUUUUCAGCGUCGCUAUUUCACGCCGGCCGAGGUGGCCCAACAUAACCAGCCCGAAGACCUCUGGGUAUCUUACCUGGGAAACGUGUACGACCUAACACCAUUGGCACAGGAAUACAAGGGAGACCUGCUGCUGAAACCCAUCGUGGAAGUUGCGGGCCAGGACAUCAGUCACUGGUUUGAUCCAGACACCGGAGACAUCCGCAAGCACAUAGAUCCGCUGACCGGUUCCCUGAGAUACCGCACCCCGUGGGGCCGCUUUCUGCACGUGCCGCCUCAGCUGCCCCGUUCGGACUGGGCCAAUGAUUUCGGGAAGCCUUGGUGGCAGGGGUCGCGUUACGAGGUGGGGCGGCUGUCCGCCAAGACCCGGAAUAUCCGCAUCAUUAACACGCUCACGUCGCAAGAGCACACUCUGGAGGUGGGGGCCCUGGAAUCAAUGUGGGAAAUCCUACACCGCUACCUCCUCUAUAACGCACAUGCUGCCAGCUACACAUGGAAAUAUGAAGGGAAGAACCUGAACAUGGAUUAUACCCUGGAAGAGAAUGGUAUCCGGGAUGAGGAGGAAGAAUUUGAUUAUCUCAAUAUGGACAGUACGCUCUACACACCUGCAGUACUGCUGUACUUCAGUGAUGACCUCACAGAGCUAUAGAAAGAGAGAUGUAUGCUCAUGUAGGCUCAAGACAUAUUUUGAGUUUAGCUGUUUCUGUGACCUGUAGGAAGAGAGAUGGGGAUGGGGCAGGGAGGGCGGUAUCUGGACCUAGACCUCCAUUCUACUCUGGGAGCUGGCCUGAGGUUCCCAUUCCCUACUGAAGUGUAAAGGUCCUAUUCCUCGGGUUAGUUAAAAUUUACUCUGAGAAAGUUAGGCAGAACGCUAGAAGUGAAUUAAUUUUUAGGACUGAUACCAGAAAAUAAAGUAUCUUAGAUCAGGGAGAUGUAGAAGAGGAUAGUCAGAGAGAGCUCAGGCAGAACUUUUCGAUAGUAAGAGAAAGAGAAGUCCUACACAGGGAUGAGGGAUGGAAGAACUUUUCUGGCAGUGAUGGAAAUGGGAUGGCUGUAGGAAGAUGGGAUUUACAAAGACAGGAAUAGGAAGUGUCUAUCACUCGCCAUAUAAAACUGGCUAAUCUCUCUUCUGAAUAGUAUUUGGCAGCCACCAGGUAAUUCAGGCUAGAUAUUAUGUUAUGUGCUUUAUACACCUCAUUUAAUACAACUAUCCGUAAGACAGAUACCAUUACCACUACUUACAGAUAAAUCUUCUGAAGCUUAGUAAGAUUUAAUAGCGCAAAAGGCACACUACUUAGUAACCAGAUUGCAAACCCAGGUCUUCCCAAUUCCAAAGUCUAUGUUCUUCUCAAUGUCCAGGCUCACUGCACAAUGGGAACCUGUAGGCCUAUUGUGUAGUCAGCCGUGGUGUUGUGCUUUUUUGUUUUGUUUUUUUAGUUAUUGCCUUUGGAAGGGGCUUAGCACAGUUCUGCAGUGGUAGAGAGGACACAGGGAAGGCCAAGUGUAAGCUGAGUAAUAGCUGUUGAGGCUACUUCAUGGUUAAUCCCAUAGCAAAACUUUCCUCUGACUUUUCUGAGGCAAAGAGGUGGGUAUAUACUGGUUCCAGGAAAAUUAGAGUGGGAAAGGGCUUUUGGAUUGGGACACUUUAGAAGGGGGAGCAAAAAGUAGGCAUGUAUAUUCAUGAUGGGCCUGUGCCUCUGAGGGAAAGAUGAGGAAGACAGGGUCGACUUUGCCAGAUGGUGACUCUGCAAGAAGGGGCUUGACAGAGGUGAUGUAAAGAGAGGAGCUAAUUGGGGCUUCCCUGGUGGCGCAGUGGUUGGGAGUCCACCUGCCGAUGCAGGGGACGCGGGUUCGUGCCCCGGUCCGGGAGGAUCCCACGUGCCGCGG